ACGAGGCAGCCCGGAAAGCUGAGCGGCUGGCGUACACCAACAGGACCGGCGCGUGGGUCCCUGCCGGGCCAGGGUCACCUCCCCCUCCCACCUCCUUGUCCGGCCACUACACACCAUCCCGCGUCAGCUGGAAGCCGGAGCAGAACAUCGCACGGAGCCAGCAGGAGCCGUUCCUGCACAGCUGGGGGCUAGCUCGGAGCUCCUCUUCUCUCCAGCACGAGCCGCCCCUACUCGCUUGGGAGCUGAGAACUGGAUCGAGCCAGCACGAGACAUUUCUUCCCAGGCAUGAGGAGUACCCCGGCCCCUCUCCUGCCCAGCACGAGCCCUUCCCUCCAAGCCAAGGGGAACGUGGCUGGGGAAGGAGUUUCCUGCGCAGAGGCAGAGCAAGGAGCCCCCAGGCUGCUCCCCAGAAGCAGGUGCAUCGCCCCGACUGGGUGCCGUUUCUGGCCAAGUCCCCAGGUGGGGCCAGGAUGUCAGGGCGGGAGGCCAAACGGCAGCGAGAUCAAGAGAGCGCGGCACCCAGGGCCGCGGGGAAAGCUCUGACAUCUCUGGCUGGGAGACCCCCGGUGCGGGUCAGUCCUGGACCCCUGCAUGUGCCCGGAAGGAUAGAAUUGGCCGAAGUGGAGACCCCCUUCCUCCACAGCGACGUCAGGGCGAGUCUCGAGCGGCACGUCCAGGUAAAGAGGCUGCAGCACGCCCUGGGGCUGCCCUGCACCCUGCAGAACACUUUGAAGAUCUUCAUGCCCCCAGCACCGAAACCCACCACACGCAGACCCUCGGGGGCAGGCAGCGUGGUGACGAUACCACAGGCCCUGCCCUUCCUGAGCGUCGGCUCCAGGAUGGAGCUGGAGCGGCAUCUGCAAAGAAUGGUGCAUCUGAAGAGAUGGGGGAUGCCCAGAAGGAUCCAGGAGUCCUUGAGGCUGCUGAUGCCAGCCACAUCUCCACACCCCCGGCUCGGCCCCCAGCCAUCCGGGAGAUGGGCUCCAAAGGGGCCAGGCCCAGUGACGAGGGCAGCCCAGACGCCCGGCCUCAGAGCUAGAGCCUUAGCCCGGGCCUCCCAGGGCCCCGCCAGAGCGUCCGUAUCCGCACCCGGCUCGCACUGCUGCAGAGACACCCGGGAGCUGCUGGGACACAUUGCCAGGAAGGGCUUGGAAAUCAGACUGGGCGAGCUGCCCGCCGUGCUGAGGAGCUCUCAGAAAAUGGCUACCCUGGGGCGCAGAGACCUGCUCCUGCCUAAACUGAUCCCCCCAGGCCACAAGGCUCCCCUGACCCGUCACCGGCUCUGCCCCCUGCUCAGCUGCAAGGCGGGCAGCGUGGAGCUCGACGUGAGGCACAAACACAUCCAGUACUUCAGGGCUCUCCCCACCCUGUACGCGGAGUCCCUGGCCAAGAUGGUGCCCAGCCCGCCCAUGCCACACGCCCCCCUGCUGCCCCACGGCACGGCCAUCGAGUUCUGCCCGCUGGAGACUCCCUUCGUGGCCCCCGAGGGCCGGGAGCUGCUGGAGAGGCAUGUCCUGAGGAAGCGGCUGCAGCACAAAUGGGGCCUGCCGGGCCUGGUGCGGCGAUCGCUGAGGUGUUUCAUGCCACCCCCGCCCACGCGCCCCAGGGCCAAGGGGAGAGUCCGGCCGGCAGCCAUGGAGCUCCGUGUCAGCAGCGGGGCCCCUCCCAUCCCUCUGGCCACCAAGAGGGACCUGGAAGCCCACAUCCGGCAGAGGGUGGCUGAGAGGAGGUGGGGGCUCCCCAGGAGGGUGCGGGAGUCCCUGCGGGGCUUCAUGCCCCCCACGACCGCAGCUCCGGGGACACAUCCAGACACGCGAGGCAGAAGGGCCAGCCGGCCUCUCAGGGGGCUGUCAGCGAGAAGGGCUCCAAGGGAAUCACCCUCCAGGGGGGCACCUGUGGGCCCCGCAGCGGUGGCUGUCUCCUUAGCCAGGCCCCUGGGAACCGCAUGGAGCCAGCAGCUCAGCCCGGACACGUGCCACCAGCUGCUGGAGAGACAUGUGACCAGGAAAAACAUAGAGAUCCGCCUGGGCCUGAUCCCCCGCAGGGCCCAACACUCGCAGGAAGCCGCCCGCCAGGCGGGAAAGCUCCCCUUGCCCCGGCUGAUUCGGCCGGGCCAGAGAUCCCUGGAGCAGCGGCCCCGGGAGCUGUUCUUCCUGGAGCAGGCGACGUCGGAUCACCUGGAGCUCAACCUUCUCCACAAGCACCUGAGCUUCAGGUGGGGGCUGCCCACGCUCUACCGACAGUCCCUGGCCAAGCUGUUCCACGCAGGCCCCUCGCCCGCCCCACCGCCCUCCAGCUCCCGCGCAGCUGGGACCGAGUUCCUGGAGCAGGAGCUGCCCUUCCUCCCACCGGGAGCCCAGGAGGAGCUGGAGCUGCACGUCAGGACGAAGAGGCUGCAGCACUAGUGGGGGCUGCCUCUCGUCGUCCAGAAAUCCAUGCGGGGCCUGAUGGCGGCUCCCCCCCGCCCCGGCCAGCCCAAGGCCCCUCCGCCGGCCGACGGGGACGUGGCCGUUCUCCAGGCCGAGCUGUCCUUCCUCAGCGAGGGCAGCAGACGAGAGCUGGAGCUCAGCCUCCGCAAGAGACUCAUGCAGCGGCGCUGGGGGCUGCCCAGGAGGAUCCAGGAGUCGGUGCGGAUGCUCCGACCUGCCUCAGCCCCCGCGGAGUUCGGGCCUCGCAGCCGUACAGAAAAGGAUGCAGAGGGGCCUUUCCUCCUGCCCUGGCACAAGAGCACCGUGCACCUGGAGCGGGGCGUGGGGAAAGCCAGGAGAGUGGUCGCUGCUCCCCGCCCGCGGCUCAGCCUGGGACGUGACGCUCAGGAGCGGCUGCAGCUCCACGUGGCAAAGAAAUGUGUGGAGACCCGGCUGGGGGCCAUCCCCGCUGCAGUGAGACGCUCCUGGCAAAGGCUGCAUCUCGUGUCCCGGCUGCCCCUCCCCAAGCUGAUCCCUGCGGGGGACAGGGCCCCGAAAGCCAGGAACCCCCUGCUGCCCUUCGUGCACCCGGAGGACGUCUGCCACCUAGACCUGAAUGUGCAGCACAAACAUCUCACGGCCCUGUGGGGCCUGGGCACUCUCUACACCCAGUCUCUCAGCAGGAUGGUUCCCAGGGCGCCCCGUGCGCCGGUUCCACCCCGUGAGGCUGAAGUUGAGUUCCGGGCGCGGGAGGCUCUGUUCCUGGGCCCGGAGGCCAGAGAGGCCCUGGAGCUGCACGUCAGGAAGAAAAGGCUGCAGCACGAGUGGGGGCUGCCUCUCAUCGUCCAGAAAUCUAUGCGGGGCCUGAUGGCGGCUCCCCCCUGCCCCGGACAGCCCAAGGCCCCUCCGCCGGCCGACGGGGACGUGGCCGUUCUCCAGGCCGAGCUGUCCUUCCUCAGCGAGGGCAGCAGACGAGAGCUGGAGCUCAGCCUCCGCAAGAGACUCAUGCAGCGGCGCUGGGGGCUGCCCAGGAGGAUCCAGGAGUCGGUGUGGAUGCUCCGACCUGCCUCAGCCCCCGCGGAGUUCGGGCCUCGCAGCCGUACAGAAAAGGAUGUAGAGGGGCAUUUCCUGCUGCCCUGGCACAAGAGCACCGUGCACCUGGAGCGGGGCGUGGGGAAAGCCAGGAGAGUGGUUGCUGCUCCCCGCCCGCGGCUCAUCCUGGGACGUGACGCUCAGGAGAGGCUGCAGCUCCACGUGGCAAAGAAAUGUGUGGAGACCCGGCUGGGGGCCAUCCCCGCUGCAGUGAGACGCUCCUGGCAAAGGCUGCAUCUCGUGUCCCGGCUGCCCCUCCCCAAGCUGAUCCCUGCUGGGGACAGGGCCCCGAAAGCCAGGAACCCCCUGCUGCCCUUUGUGCACCCGGAGGACGUCUGCCACCUAGAGCUGAAUGUGCAGCACAAACAUCUCACGGCCCUGUGGGGCCUGGGCACUCUCUACACCCAGUCCCUCAGCAGGAUGGUUCCCAGGGCGCCCCGUGCGCCGGUUCCACCCCGUGAGGCUGAAGUCGAGUUCCGGGCGCGGGAGGCUCUGUUUCUGGGCGCGGAGGCCAGAGAGGCCCUGGAGCUGCACGUUAGGAAAAAAGGGCUGCAGCACGCAUGGGGCUUCCCCGCACUCAUCCAACGGUCGCUCAGAGCCUUUAUGCCGGAGCCCCCGCUGCCGGGGCCGACCGCAGCCUGCCAGUGCGCCGAGCUGCACAUCCUCGUCCUGGGGCAGCAGCCUUCGCUCAUGGACGGGGACACGAGAGGCCGCCUGGAGCGCCACCUCCAGAAGAUGACGCUGCAGCGGAGGUGGGGGCUUUCCCGGAGGAUCCAGGAGUCCUUGCGGCUGUUCCUGCCACCUGCCCCACCAGGAGCAGAGCCCAGAGGCCAAACCCAGCCCCCGCUCAAUGUCUGCCAUACACCCCGCCAAGGUCCUACAGCCCUCUCCAUGGGGCAAUCGGGAGAGCUCCAGCCAGGCCCCAGGGAGCCCCUCACCCACCGGUCCCAGCACUGGCAUGAAAUGGGGGUAAAGGAGGGCAAAGCCAGCUGCCCCGAGGCAGUGUCCCAACACGUCCUGGGGAGCAGCAGCAGGAGAAGCCAGGAGACCUCCCAGACGAGUGAUGGGGAAGGGUCCCCCGGCUCCUCACGCCACUUCCCGGAGGACAAGGCAGAGCUGAAAUCCACCCUGGACUUUCCCGGGAAGAAGGUGCUGGGUAUUUCCCACCGGGCCCAGGAGUCCCAGAGACUGGCCUUUCGCCUAGCGACCCAUGAGCCUCACCCACAGCAGAGAGAGCAGAGUUCUGAGGAAAGUCCCGGGCACUGGAGGACCCAUGAUGGUGAAGGAGCUCCGCGGCUGGCGGGGACCGGCAGGCGAUCCCAGAGCUCGUCCGUGGAGACAGCCGUUUGGAGUGAGAAGAGGAUCUCACGGGAGCUGGAAUCCAGCUUCAGGAGAAUGGUCCGGAGCCGCAGCCGCCAUGGCCCAGGGGGGAAGCAGCCUCUGUCUCUGGAAAUCGUGGGCCACCUGGAAAUGGACCAUUGCACAUGCUUGGACUGCCCGUGCUGCAAGUUAGAGGGGGAGGAUGGCGCCCGCUCUCCGGGGACCAGCUCUCCGGUGUGGCAGACAGAGCGUAUCCAUGUAAGGGGGUCAGCAACUCUCCUAGGAGACGCGGCAGAUCCAAACCCUCUGCAUGCUGAGCCUGGAUGGCAGGGGCAGGGCGCUCCCAGCGUGGCCAAAGAUGAACCACCUGCCUCCUCUCCGUCGUCUCUGGAGGGCAGCGAGUCCAGGGCCUCCGACUGGUCUGCGGGAGAAAGCGCUCGCGCAGCCUCUCGCCCAGCGCCCGAGGGGCCCUCGCUGGCACNGGAGCAUCUUGCUUCUCCGUGGGCCGCGGCACACCGGCUGGACAUCCACCUGGCGCAGAAGGCCCUGGGCUCCUUCAUCCUGCCGCCCUGCGUCAUACACUCCCAGGCCGUCUAUGCCGACAUGGCAGCUGAGCGGCUGAGAGCCGCUGCCCAGGAACGCCGGCGGAAAAUGAACAUCCGGCUGCAACGCAGGAGGAGCCGGAAAAGCCAGCUGGGAGGGCCCCGAGAGCCGGGAUUCCUGACAGCUGGAACAAACGUGAGGCAGACAGAGGUCCUGGUGCUGACUGAGGCACCGCCCAGGGCUGAACAGCCGCCCAGUGCACCUCCAGGGAGAGGGGCCGAGUCACUGUCCGUCCCUUGCACGGGGAAGGGCCCCACCUUCAGGGGAAUCAUACUGGGCUUCCUCGAACGUGUCACUUCCAGGGCAUCAGUGGGGGAGAGAGGACAGGUCGACAGGUCGGUGGCUGCACCGCGUGGAGCCCCGCCACCCCCUCGGAAACUCACCCCGUCCCCCAAGAGUGUGAAGCUGUCCCCGUCACUCAACAGAGGAAAUGCCACCGAGGACACAUCCGGGACAGUCGGAGCGUCUAACCUGGAGCGCCGUGGACACCGGGCCGGGGUGGAAACGGAGCUUCCGCAGCCAGGGUCACGUCCUGGCAAGAGCGCAGGCCACGUGUGCUGGUUCCAUCAGCGUCAUGCUCAUGCCCACCUUCGCCAGGUACACGGCAGAACGCCAGCGCUGCACGGAGAGAACCUGUGUGCCCUGCGGGAGAGGAUGCAGGUCCGGCGGAGGAAGCUGUCCCCGUCACUCAACAGCGCCGCCUCCGAAGAGGAGAGCCGCCUCCGGGCCUUGGACGAGAGUUAG